CUUUGCAAACGAUACUGAAUCAGUAGCGAGUAGUUUGUAGAGCUUACAAUAGUCUGUAGUUCUUAGUAUCGGAGCAAAGACAAAAAUUUUUAUUUAUUGCUAUUUUUCUGUAAUAUUGCUGUAUUGAUUACAAUAUUUACACGCAAGGAAAUAUUGGUUGUCAGCUCCUAUAUCCAUUACUAAGGAAGAUUUGGUAGAUAGACAUGUUUCGACUUUUAUUUCUGCUAUUUUCGAUUGUUGUGAUAGCAUUCGAUGAUGACCCUGCACAACAAUUACCUGCUUUUAAAGAAAGGACUAAGGGGCCCAUCGGAAUUAUGACAACAAGUAAUGGUGUGCCAGUUCCCUAUAGAGAGGUAUCCAGUUCUUUAAAUACCAAGUUCCUGUUUAAUGAAUAUUUAUUGGAUUCUAUCACGCGCAUUAUAAGAGAACGUAUUCCGGAACGUUUUGUUCAUGCAAAGGGGGCGUCCGCAUUUGGUUAUUUUGAAGUAACCCACGAUAUAACUCAUAUAUGUAAAGCGAAACUAUUCAGUGCGGUUGGGAAAAGAACUCCAAUAGUUGCUCGUUUCUCUCCGAUUAAUCCUGAGAGAGGAGGAAGUGACCUAUUCAGAGACGCAAGAGGUUUUGCUGUAAGAUUCUAUACAGAAGAGGGAAAUUUUGACAUGGUUGGAUUUAAUACACCGAUGUUUUCCAUUAAAGAUCCUAUCUACUUUACGACAUUCACACAUUCACAGAAAAGGAAUCCAGCUACAAAUUUAUUUGACUCGAACAUGCUUUGGGAUUUUGUAACUGAGCGUCCUGAAUCCAUGCACAUAUUUUUAAUGGUCUUUGGCGAUAGAGGUAUUCCUUAUGCGAUUCGCAAUAUGCCAGGUUUCAAUAUACAUACUUAUCAGGUAGUAAAUGAAGCGGGUGAAUAUUACUUUGUACGAUUCCAUUUCCUGCCAAAUUCUGGAAUAAAACAUAUGGAUGCGGAACAAGCAAGAAUUAUAAGUGGAAUAGAUGCUGAUUAUCUUAUAAGAGGCUUAUACCGUGAUAUUGCCAAAGGUGAUUUUCCUUCGUGGUCGGUGUCGUUACAAAUACUUACACUUGAAGAUGUAAAAAAUGCGGAUUUCAAUGUGUUCGAUGUAACAAAAGUACUUCCAUUAGAUAAGUAUCCGUUACAUCCAGUCGGCCAAAUGGUUCUUAAUAAAAAUUUUGACAACUAUUUCGCCGAGGUUGAGCAGUUAGCAUUUAGUCCGUCAAAUUUGGUUCCCGGUAUACUAGGAGGCGCUGACAAAAUUUUUGAAACAAGACGAUUAGCAUACCGUGAGGCGCAGUACUAUCGAUUAGGUGUAAAUUUCAAUAAGAUUCGUGUUAAUUGUCCCUUUAUGUCUAAUCCGAUAACAUACAAUCGUGACGGAACAGCUCCAGUGAGAGACAAUGAGAGAGACCUGCCUAAUUACUAUCCGAAUUCAUUCAAUGGGCCAAUUCCCUACAUGGAUUAUAAUAGCACUAAAUUAAUAGAUAUCGUGGAGGAUGAGCCAAAUAACUUUGAUCAAGCAAGGGAUUUAUAUCAGAACCAAAUGACAUCGGAUGAGAAAGAAAGGUUGAUUGAAAACAUACUCUACAGCUUGGCAACAGCUACUAAAUUUCUACAAGUAAGAGCAGUUUCACUUUUAUCUUCUAUUCAUCCAGACCUCGGCAGUACAGUAGAACAAGGGUUGGUAUCCAAUAUGACUGAAAAUUAUAUGAAAUCGUAUAAAUAGUGUUAUGGCCAAAGUAUUUUUAUAUAAAUAACGUUUAAAAAUGUUUGUGACUUUAAUUUAAACGUAAUAAAAGAAUUAAAUAAAUUUAUAAAUGCC